UCGUUGUCAACAAACCGACUUAAAAAGAUACAGUGAUGAUUUAAUUACACGUCUCGCAGUAACAUUAGGUUAAUUUCAUGUCAGUAUCCUUUUGUAAAACAGUAUUCAAAGGAAAACGCCUACGCUUGUUUUCGUGGUGUAUAGACAGAUAAAUAUUUGAAGCCUUUAUCUGCUAACAGCAGUUAGUGUUAGCUUAAGGCGAUGGAAGUGGACUACAAACUGGAGGACCCCAAGGCCCCGCUGGAGGAGAGCAGCGUGCAGCUGGGCGACGUGAAGGACAUGCGGCUGGAGGCAGAAGCCGUGGUCAGCGACGUGAUGUUUGCCGUCUCACACAUGGCCGUCUCACAGGCACUCAGCGGCAGCUCGGACACGGCCUACAUCAACGUGGAGACGCGCGAGGGAGAUCGCUACUGCCUAGAGCUCAGCGAGGCAGGGCUACGGGUGGUGGGUCGCACCUUUGACCAGGUGGAUGAGUCGCAGCGCUGGCCGCACCAUGAGACGGUCUACUCUCUGCUGGACUCCCUCAGCCCAGGCUACAGGGACGCCUUCGGCAACGAGCUGCUGCGGAGGCUGGAGAGGCUCCAACAGAACGCUCAGUGAAGUCCACUCAGCGCCAUCUUCACUCAGCCCCAUCUCCACCCUGCGCCAUCUCCACCCUGCACUCACCUGCUGAGGCUCCAACAGAACACUCAGUGAAGUCCACUCAGCGCCAUCUCCACUCAGCGCCAUCUCCACUCAGCGCCAUCUCCACCCUGCGCCAUCUCCACCCUGCUCACCUGCCGAGGCUCCAACAGAAAGAGUGAAGUCCACCCAGCACCAUCUCCACCCAGCACCAUCUCCACCCCCAGCACCACUGCGGCCUGCGCUCACAUACCUGCUGCCGCUGCUGCUGCCGCUACCUCACUUGUCCAGGAGGGGGUGCUGCUGCCGCUGCCUCUCCCUCUCCACUGCUACAUCAUGGCGACUGAGGAGGUGGACUUCUGUGCAUCUACCAGCUUUAUUAAACUUCUGCCUGAAACAUGUAUAUCAGAGGAAUGAGACAGAAACCUGUCCUGAUGCUUUCAAACAUAGCUAACCAUUAGCAUGCACCCGCAGCUAGCCACUUCCUGCCCCAGGCUAGCCACUUCCUCCCCCAGGCUUCGGUGUGUCCAGUUUGCACAACGGAACACAUAAGAUGUCCCCCACGCAAACACACAGGUAGUUCACCUGCCCAAUUCCCAACUCAGUGCAGAAUGACGGAACAUUCCAGUGCUCUGAAGGAACGGUCAGCUGGCCUGAAUGAAAAGCACAUGCCCUGUGCUGUUAACGGAGAGGACUACUGUAGCGACACACACAGGGCCCUGUGGACGCGGCAUCUCAUGGGGAUCUAACGGAGAGAACUGCUAAGUUGCUAUGGUGAUUGUCAUGGUGAUCUAGUCUCUUAUGCUUCUCAGCUGCUCACCUAUAACCGCUAUAAAAAAAAAAAUUGUCCUUAGCAGGUUAGCAUUGUUAGCAUUGUUAUAUUUUAUAGCAGGUUAGCAUUGUUAUAUUGUAUAGCAGGUUAGCAUUGUUAUAUUGUUCUAGUUUGCAGCCUGUUUGAUGUGUGUGUGAGCGAGCGAGUGGGUGCAUGUGAUUUGCUGUGUUCCUCUGACCACACCCUGCUAAUGUUCCUGAUGUUCUGUGAUGCGGUUCUGCUAUGUUCCUGAGGGUGUGUGGUCCAGUUCCGUGUGAUGACUGUAUGCCUUUGCAACUGCUGACUGCAGUUUGAUUGCUGACAGCUUGAUAAUAUUAAAAUGGUGUAUUUCCAA